ACUAACCAUCCCAUCAUCUCUGCAACUCCGCCUUGCCUUCCCACAACGCAGCAUCCAUCCAGCGACCUCGCAGAGGCGACAAUGUGCCCCUAAUCCCCGCCAUCCCGUGCAUAAACACUGCGGCAAAAGGGUGCAAGACGAGCCCCAACAGCGCCGACCCUCGGCAAACAAAGUUCCACCCCAUUCCUCGGCGACGACGCCGCGGCUCUCCGUGUCUUGUCUUGAAUUGGACCUGUCUACUACUACGACUGCAGCAUCCAACACACCAACCUUCACAAUGUCGGCCAUGCUGUCUCGCAAACGGUCGUCACGCGCCUGCGAUGGCUGCAAACUCCGGCGCAUGAAAUGUGAAGACAUCACAGUGUCCCCGACGUCUGGCGCGCCGACGUGCAAGCUCUGCCGAGACAAUCGCGUCGAGUGCACCUUUGAGACCCCGGUGCGCAAGCGCGGCCCCGCGCCGGGUUUCCGUCGCCGUGCAGGCUCCCAGUCCAACGAUUCGCCAGACGAGUCCAGCAAGCCGAGCAACCUCUCAGCGCCGACCUCCGGCCCACACCACCAGCCCCGAUCCGAACAACCGGAGAGCUCCCGGAUGGCAGCUAACCGGGCCACGCCGCCCACAGGUCCGCAUCACCACACCCGGCCAAAGGCCAACCCGGAGACGGGUCCCGUCAUGCGUGUCCGCCUCCUCGGUCUCCCUCCCAUCCUGAUUGACGAGCUGCUCGCGAUCUACUUUACCCACGUUCAUAAUGUGUGGCCCCUUAUUUACAAGCCCAUGUUCAACCCGCACACGGCGUCGGCACCGCUGCUCCUCGCCAUGCUCGCCAUCUCGGCGUGCGUUGCCACUCCGCCGUUGGGCCCCAAGGACGGCGUCGAUGCAAACAAGCUCUUCAAAAUGGCCGAGACGGCCCUCCCAGCAAACGAAUCACGCCUAGACCUUAUACAAGCGCUUCUGCUGCUGUCUCUCCGCCAAACCGGGUGUGGUGACAAGCGCUCGGCAUUCGCGUACGCCGGACGGGCAAGCUGCAUGUGCCUCAACCUCGGCCUCAACUUGGCUCCCAACAAGAACACUGACAAGUCCGAGGUCGAACUGCGGUCACGAGUCUAUUGGUCUACCUACCUCCUAGACAAGGUGUCCGCCGAGGAGACGGGCCGCACCUACCUCCUCCCUUACCGCCGGUCGUCAAUGCCCCUGCCGGCAGUGAGCGAGGUCGACGAGUUUGAGGCAUGGCCGCCGCAACCUCUCUCGUCGGCUCCACUACCACGCUCUGUCCGACAUGUGAUGCCGAGGCGCGGGCACAUCAUGUCGUACUUUGUGUGGACCUGUCGACUGGCCAUGAUCGUCGAGGAUAUCCUCGACUUGGACAUUGCCGGCCCACCCAUCUCGAACGCAUGGGACGAACAAUUUGCCGCCAAGAUGGGCGCAGGACCUCAGACCGAUCUCUUCACCCGGGCAGAACAGAUCGCUGAGCAACUCGAAGAGUGGCGACGACACAUGCCGGCGAUCCUUGAAGUCGACCUCGCGCGAAGUGUAUCACCUCUGCCGCACCAUGUCGUUGGCUUGGCGUGGUUCAACACGACCCAGAUCCUUCUCUACUCUCGGUUCAUUCAGCGCCGCAAUGCCGGGACACCGCCCCAAGGUCCUCGGCCGCCAGAAUCGCUCGUGGCCCGCGCACACGCCAUCUGCUCGCAGGCAGCCGAGGCAACGGUCGCAUUGCUAGCUCACCUGGACCAGCACAAGCUGCUUGGCCAGGUAAGCGCUGACAUCAUUCAUCUGCUUAGCUUGAUUACACUGUUUGAAGCCUAUGACGCAACGGACCCCGACGACGAGCUGGCCCACCGCGCUAGGGUCAACUUUGCGCAGUGCUGCAUCUGGCUCCGAGACAUCUCCUCGUCAUGGCCGUCGGCAUCCGCGCACAAGGUGUUCUUCGAAGGACUUAUCCAAGGAGGCCUCAAGUUGCUUUCUCACGAGUCGGGCGUUGGAAAUAACACUGCCACGCCACAGGACGACGAACCAGUGGCCGACUCUCCUUCUAUUCCCGACGGACUGCGAGCUAUCGGCGGCAGACUGGCCUCGUCCACGGACACAGGAGUGCCGCUUGCGCCCCCGACGCCGUUCAGCAUGUCGGCUGCCUUGUCUGGCCCGAGUGGUCCUAGCGCCCUGUUCCAGCUUCCUCAGUUCUACUGGAACCAGCUGUCGACGAGCCAGCUCCCACUUGCUGGUGAUUCCAACACCGGAUUCAGCACAGCCGGCAGCGAUGUGACGGGUGGGUGGGACUUUGGCACCGGUCGUGCGGGCGAGGGCACGCCGUCAGGCGGAGCCGGCACGGGCGACCUCGAGUUCCCCCCGCCGUCCGUCGACUGGGGUGGCCUGCCGCCAGACAAUGGCUUCAUUGGCCCGGCAACGGAGCACCAGUGGGGCGGCGGGGUCGACCAAGGCGUGGGCGUAGGCGGUGCGGGACUGGUGAACCCGACGUACAUGGGUGUCGGGCAGACAUCCCAGCCUCCCAACCAGACCGACAUCUACCAGCAGCUGAUGAGCUACAUGGUGGAGGCGGCCAAGGGAAACUAAUUAGCCAUGCGUGGCUAGCAUGGCUCUGAAACUGUUUGUACUAGUAGGGCUCGGAGAUGUAAUGCAGAGCGAGACGAGUUUGGCAGCA